AUGCCACGAGUCCGUGGUCACUCGAGCGACGAUUAUCUCCAAGAGGCUCCGAGGCAGAUCAUGAUGCACCCAGCCGACUCGAGAAUGGAAACCUCGCCUCUGUACCGUCAAAGUCCUUACGCCUACGGCUACCACCACCCUUCACGCAUGCAGUCCUUGUCCAUGGGCGCUAUUCACCCCCUCGACAGGACACCCUUCUCAGCAGUCGGAUAUGGUCCUCAUUACCAGGACUAUAUGCGUUUCGGAGAGCUAGGAAUGGGUAUGAGCGGGGACAAUAAGCAGCGGAAGCGAAGGGGCAACCUGCCAAAAGAGACAACAGACAAGCUGAGGAAUUGGUUUGUUGGCCAUCUCCACCACCCGUACCCGACCGAGGAUGAGAAGCAGGAGUUGAUGCGCCAGACCGGCUUGCAAAUGAACCAAAUCUCAAACUGGUUCAUCAAUGCGCGACGCAGACAACUGCCAGCUAUGAUCAACAACGCACGCGCCGAGUCCGAUGCCAUGUCUUCGGGACGCAGCCAAGACGGCAAGGUCCUUCCCUCAACCGAGCGCGGUGAUUACGAUGUUGAUGGCAAGCAUCGAAACAGCCCCACCAUCAGCGAUGGCGGCGACAGCGCAUAUGACGACGACCUCGACGCUCGCAGGCAACCAUCGCACCUGAAGCGUGGCGGAAGCUACUAG